AUGGACAAACAAUUGGAAACAGAACCUAAGCCUAAAAAGAAGGUCGGGCGUCCUCGUAAAUAUCAUACCGAUGAAGAAUAUAAAGCUGCAAGAAAAAUACAAAACGAUAAAUAUACGGCUAAGAUUAAGAAAAUGCGUGAGUUGUGUAAAAUCUUUGCCUUUCACGAUGCCAUAUACAUCAAACAACCUAAUGGGUUAUAUUAUCAAUUAAAUGCAUUUAUGGACGACCUAUACAAGUUGGGGCGUGACCAAUAUUCGGAUGUUCCUUUAAAGAUGAAUAACAAUUAUGGAUAUAUUGGGUUCAAUGGGCUAUUCCGUACAGGCCGCGAAGUUCACGACCUUUUACCAUACUCGACGCAAAGCUUCGUCGCGCCCCUGGCCGCGAUCCCGCCGGCGCUCGCCAGCGUCUGCGGCGAUGCCGUCGCGCACGGGCGCCUUGAAAUUCAAAUCGCAAACGCGUCACGUUUCGCGCCUGUACCGAAGCACUUGGCGGCGCCAAGCUUUGAGGCUUUACACGACGAAGAUCGAAGUGAUUGA